AUGUCAUCUACAUCUACAGGUUUACCUCCUAAUUGGACAAUUAAAGUCUCUCGUACACAUAAUAAGGAGUAUUUUUUAAAUCAAUCAACAAAUGAAUCCUCCUGGGAUCCACCAUAUGGUACUGAUACUGAAGUGUUAAAUGCUUAUAUUGCAAAAUUCAAGAACAAUGGAUACAAACCAGUUGUCAAUAAAGAUGGACAAGUUAGAGUAUCACAUUUAUUACUUAAACAUAAUCAAUCAAGAAAACCAAAAUCAUGGAAAUCUCCAGAAGGUAUUACAAGAACUAGAGAUGAAGCAAUACAACAAACCAAAAAACAUUUGGCUAAAAUAAAGAAUGGAGAAGUCAAACUUGGUGAUUUAGCUGUUACUGAAAGUGAUUGUAGUUCUCAUGAAAGAGGUGGUGAUCUUGGAUUUUUCAGUAAGGGACAAAUGCAACCACCAUUUGAAGAAGCAGCAUUUAAUUUACACGUUGGUGAAGUCAGUAAUAUUGUUGAAACCAAUAGUGGUAUUCACAUUCUUCAAAGAACAGGAUAA